CUUUUGAUCAAAAUUUGCAUUGUUUGGUUCCUGGGACACUGAAAAGGGAUGAAAAGAGGAAGGCCAGAGUCCUGAGCUUUUGAGAUGACGUUUGUUUGACGAAGGAGCCAAUAAUUAUUUUUGUUUGCUUUUUAUUUUCAUUUAUAGGCUGCAGUUCUGAACAAAGAUACGGCAAACAGCAUAAAAAUUGGGCAUGUUGUCUAUCAGAUGCAUGUCACUGGGACAUUUUUUAAAACCAUGGUUUUGCUUUCAGAUGGUGGAACCCUCACUGUUUAUUUUAAUAUUGCCGGACAUUGCGUAGAUCGCUUUGUGUUAGGAAAUGCAGAAAUAUUGCAGUUGACGCCACAUUCCUGAAUGUUAUCUGUCCUUCCCAGGGUUUGGAUGAAGACACGCUGAAGAAGGAGGGGAAAACAAAAAACUAGGCUCUGAUCUUCUAAUGCCUAACAGGGUGGAGACAUGAAAGGACAGCAGAAAGCGACGGAGACAGAGGAGGGCACCGUGCAAAUCCAGGAAGGUGCAGUGGCCACAGGGGAGGAUCCCACCAGCGUGGCCAUCGCCAGCAUCCAGUCGGCCGCCACCUUUCCCGACCCCAACAUCAAAUACGUCUUCCGGACGGAGAAUGGAGGCACGCAGCUGAUGUACAGAGUCAUUCAGGUGGCCGAGGGGCAACUAGACGGGCAGACGGAGGGCACGGGGGCCAUCAGCGGCUAUCCGGCCACGCAGUCCAUGACCCAGGCGGUCAUCCAGGGAGCCUUCACCAGCGAGGAUGCCGUCGAGACGGAAGCCACGGCCACCGAGACCCACUACGCCUACUACCCUGCCACGGCGGUGGCCGACUCCAGCACUUCCACGGGGGCCGGGACGACCGCCACGGCGGUGGUGACCACCCAGAACUCGGAUGCCCUGCUUGGGCAAGCCACGCCGACCGGCACAGGGCAGUUUUUUGUCAUGAUGUCGCCCCAAGAGGUUCUGCAGAGCGGGACACAGCGAUCCAUCGCGCCGAGGACGCACCCCUACUCGCCGAAGUCGGAAGCGCCUCGGACGACCCGAGACGAGAAGCGCCGGGCGCAGCACAACGAAGUGGAGCGCCGGCGCCGGGACAAGAUCAACAACUGGAUCGUGCAGCUGUCCAAAAUCAUCCCCGACUGUUCGAUGGAGAACACCAAAUCUGGGCAGAGUAAAGGCGGCAUUCUGUCUAAAGCCUGCGACUACAUCCAGGAGCUGAGGCAGAGCAACAUCCGUCUCUCGGAGGAGCUGCAAGGCCUGGACCAGCUGCAGAUGGAUAACAAGGUCUUGCGGCAGCAGGUCGAAGACCUGAAGAGCAAAAACCUGCUCCUGCGCGCCCAGCUGCGCCAGCACGGCGUGGAGGUGAUCAUCAAGGACUCCCACUGACCGGCCGCCGGGCAGGAGAGCUCAGCUCUGGCCAGCGUGGCUCCUUUGCGGCCACAGAGGGCGCCUCGUUGCUGGGCUCGCGGGCCCGCCUGGGCCUCCGUUCUCGUUCUACAGAAGCAGAAGGCAGGGACAGCGAGCCCCACAGCCCCAGGGCCUCUGGCACGGACCCUCGGCCUCCUCCCUGCCGGUCCUGACACCCGCAGCCUCCCGACAAAAGACUCCUUGUUUUAAUCACCCCCACCGAGGCCCGGGUUGCGUCCUCUGACCUUCACCUGCCCAAGCCGCCUUUGCACGGGUCGGAGGCAGGGGAACGCACGCACAUGCAUGCAUGCCGUAUCACGUAGACACUUUGCACGCCCGCCCUCUCCCCUCUGCCCCACAGCCUUCGGUGCCGCCUCCUGGGAAGCUGGAGAGCCGGCCUUGGUCCA